ACUUACACGUUCCUGCAUGCAAAACUACACAGCUGCUGAGAGCUCUGUAUUUAGCUGCAGGUAAAACAUUAUAUAAGAGUCCUUAGAAGACAACACUCGCUGUCUCUUUCUCUACCUCUGUCCAAGGUAACAAUGUAUAUGUAUUUAUUGAUUUAUUUGUAUUUCAUUUUUAACAGAUGUCUAUAUCGAGCUGAAGAAUCCACUUGCCGACAUCAUGGGCAACCCGUUUUAACAGGACUAUAUAAAAAGGGUGACAUUAACCUGGGAGGGUUAUUCCCUGUUCACUUCAGAGUAGUUAAACCUGAUCAUUCUUUUAGGUCCAAAGUUGAAUCAUCUAAAUGUGAAGGUUUUUAUUUCAGAGCUUUCCGGUGGGUGCAGACAAUGAUUUUUGCUAUUGAAGAAAUAAAUAACAGCACUGAACUGCUCCCUAAUGUCACACUGGGCUAUACCAUUUUUGACACCUGCGCUACUUAUCUAAAUGCACUGGGAGCAGCUAUGGCACUUGUGACUGGAGACGAGGAAGCUGUGUCUAACUCCAUGUGUGGAGAAGCCCCACAAGUACCUGUGAUUAUUGGGGAUGCAAUUUCAACUGCUUCCAUAAUUAUAGCCAGAACACUUGGAGUUUUCAGAAUUCCAAUGGUUAGUUACUUUGCCUCCUGUGCGUGUCUCAGCAACAGAAAAGAAUUUCCAUCAUUUUUUAGAACAGUUCCAAGUGAUAACUUUCAAGCCAGAGCAAUGGCCAGGCUUCUCAAACUGUUUGGCUGGACUUGGGUAGGAGUAAUAGCAGGUGAUGAUGACUACGGCAAAUAUGGAAUACAGUUAUUCAGGGAAGAAAUAAAAAAAUCAGAUGUCUGUGUUGCAUUCUCUGAAAUUAUACCCAAGGUAUAUUCUAAGAACAAGAUCAUGCAAAUUGUCAAGACAAUUAAGCAAUCUACUGCAAAAGUCAUUGUUACGUUCGCCAUUGAGGGCGACAUUUAUUCAGUACUUGAGGAAGUGAUACGUCAAAACAUUACUGACAAACAAUGGAUUGCAACUGAAGGCUGGAUUACAUCUACGUUGAUUUCAGCGAAAGAAAACUUUCAGUCUCUGGGAGGGACCAUAGGCUUUGCGAUCCGCAAGGCAGAAAUCAAGGGGCUGAAACCUUUCCUUUGUAGAAUCCAUCCCCAAGCAGACCCAGCUGAUCCAUUCAUUGUAGAAUUUUGGGAAACAAUGUUUGGAUGCUCACUAGACUCUUCAGUAAAUGAAACUGUUGAAUCUCCAUCUUCUAAGACAAGAUGUACAGGUUUGGAAGACUUAAAUAAUAUCAAAAGCAUCUAUAAUGAUGUGUCACAGCUGAGAGCCACUUACAAUGUGUAUAAGGCUGUGUAUGCAAUAGCACAAGCUGUACACGAUUUGCUUUUGUGUAAAAGUGGAAAUGGACCUUUUGAGAAUGGAACAUGCCCAGACAUGACUAACCUUCAGCCGUGGCAGCUCACCCAUUACCUCAGUAAGGUAAAUUGCAAAAGCCCAGUAGGAGAAUAUAUACAUUUUGAUGAAAAUGGAAAUCCAAGCGCAGCAUAUGAUAUUAUUAACUGGCAGAUGGCUGCAGAUGGAUCUGUUAAUUUUGUUCAAGUGGGCCAGUUUGAUGCAACAGAGGAGUCUAAAAAUGAAUUUGAAAUUGAUGAGGAGAAGAUUGUCUGGAGUGGAGGGCAAAGCAAGGUUCCGAAGUCAGUAUGUUCAGAAAGCUGCCUGCCUGGGACACGAAGAGCAGUUCAAAAGGGACAGCCGGCCUGUUGUUUUGAUUGUUUGCCAUGCCCUGGUGGAGAAAUUAGCAAUCAAACAGAUGCAAUAGAAUGUGAGAAAUGCUCAAGCAAUUUUUGGUCCAACGUCCAAAAAACCAAGUGCAUUCCAAAAGAAAUCGAAUAUCUGUCCUAUGAAGAAACCAUGGGAGUUAUUUUAGCUGUAGUUGCAAUAUUUGGAGCUGGCAUCACUGCAGCUGUAAUCACUGUCUUCUUCUAUUACAAAGACACUCCAAUUGUAAAAGCCAACAACUCUGAGUUAAGUUUUCUGCUCUUGUUUUCACUGAUAUUAUGUUUUCUUUGUUCGCUUACCUUUAUUGGCCAGCCUUUAACUUGGUCAUGCAUGCUGCGACACACUGUGUUUGGCAUCAGUUUCGUUCUCUGCAUCUCAUGUGUUUUAAGCAAGACAGUUGUUGUGCUAAUGGCAUUCAAAGCUGCGCUUCCAGGCAGCAAUGUAAUGAGAUAUUUUGGUCCUAUGCAGCAAAGAGCAGGCAUCUUUUUCUGUACAUUGGUGCAGGUUGUGAUUUGUAUGCUGUGGCUGACACUAUAUCCUCCAUUUCCCUCCAAAAACACCCAGCAGAGCGAAAAAAUUAUUCUAGAGUGCAACAUUGGCUCUGUGUUGGGCUUUGCCUCUGUAUUAGGUUACAUCGGUUCACUGGCAUGCAUGUGCUUUGUCCUUGCAUUCCUAGCUAGGAAGCUUCCAGACAACUUUAAUGAAGCUAAGUUCAUCACUUUCAGCAUGCUCAUCUUUUGUGCCGUUUGGAUCACUUUCAUACCAGCUUAUGUUAGUUCCCCUGGAAAAUACACAGUAGCUGUAGAGAUAUUUGCUAUUUUGUCUUCCAGCUAUGGCCUCCUUGUCUGCAUAUUUGUCCCUAAGUGUUACAUUAUCUUGCUAAAACCAGAAAAGAAUACUAAAAAGCAGAUGAUGAGUAAAUGAUCAGCCAAUGCACAGUUUUGAAAGGUCUUUGUUUGUCUAUUGCAGCAUAAUAUUUAACAUAUCUUCCUGGGGUAUUUUGAAGUAUUACCAUAGUGACGAAAGGCUACAGAAGCAUGGAAACCAUGAAAGAAAUAGGCGUUUAUGUCUGCAAAAAGGGACUGUCCUGAAUCACUGGUUAUUCUCCGAUAUUUCCCAUUGAGCAACUAAAACAGAUGUGAAGCCUCAAUGUUCUGUUGAUCCUUAUCAUCUUUAUUCUAUCAGAUACUCCCAAUUCCUAUUGCGUAACUUAUCUGAAUCCACUCAUAUUUCGGAGUCCCCCAAGCUUAAAUGACUUCCUUCUGAAUACACAAUUAUAGUACUCUGCUAUUUAAACCAACCUCAGCUAUCUAAACUGAUGCCAGGUGUGUCAUUGUAAUUCAGAAAGUGUUUGUUAGAGAAAAGACAUUAAGUGUUUAUCAUUGUAGUCUCUAUAGGCAUGGAUGCUGGUAGAUCUGUCUUCUGCUUUAGCAAUGCAAUUGAAAGAGCUUUUCUGUGUAAGACAAAAGUUGUGAUAAUAUUCCCCAGGGCGAUAUGGACGAAAGCAAAUGUUCUACCGCUGCUUUAAAAGAGCCAGGCUGUGUUACUACAGCAGUAGGAAACACAUCUUUAGUUUUGUUUUGACUUUCCACAGCUUACACAUGAAGAACACUUCUACUUUGUUUUUUUAAAAUAUACAGCAGCUUAAAUAAAGUGUUACAAAGCAUGUGUUUUGCUGAAGCAAUGUUGUAAAGUUAUCCCAUAACUAUAAAUUCCUUUGAAUGUGAUAUUUAAAAGUUUUAAUGAAAUAAAAACUAAUUUGGAAAAAUAGGUGUGGGUCUUUCUAGUUAUUCAAGAUAAAGUAACUGAUUCUCUUGUGUCACACUAGGUAAUGUACUGCAGUG